AUGUCCAACGUUACUGAGACUGCAGUUAAAGAAACUGUGCAACCUGCAGAAAAUGUCCAAGAAAAGACUCAAACUGAGUCUAAUGUUAACUCAUUUGAAAAUAAAAAGGAAUCUUCUAUCCCACCAGCAGCUAAUCUAAUUCCUGCUCCUAUCCCAACUUCUUCUCCUUGGAAAUCUGUUAACAAAGAUAUUCCAGUUACAUCCAUCUCUGUUGAAGAUUUUGAGUCCUUAAAGAAAAAGAGUCCAACUCCAUCUAUCAAAUCCAACACCUCCACCAAAUGGGUUCCAAUCAAAGCAUCUAUUACUGUUUCUAAUAACAGCAGUAAAAAUGGUAGUAAAAAUAAGAAUCAUCGUCAUACUCAUAACGGUAAAAGAAACUCAAAUAAUAGUAAAAACAAACAAAAUCAUUCUAAGAAGAAUAAGAAGAAUUCUAAUCAAAAUAAGCAACAAGAAAAGACUGAGAAUGGAGAAGCCUCUCAACCUACUGUUUCUUCCGAUGAAGACACCUCUGUCUCUACUACUACUACUAUAGCUACAGAAACUACCACAGCUUCCACAGUAAAUGAGAAGCAAACAUCUACUGAAAUUAAUGAUUCUAAUGCUCCAGUAAAAACUUCUGAAGAACAGCCGCAAGAACCACAACAACAGCAUUCCCAUAACAAUAAUAGCAGACAAAAAAGAUUUAACAACAAACAUCAUUCACAUCAUUUUAACACUAACAAUAACAGAAAAUUCCAAAACAAACAACAACAAGGGCAAGGGCAAGCACAAAAUGGCUUUACUUCCAAACAAAAUAAUAAUAACACCAAUUUCCGUCAUAACAAUAACAAUCAAAAGCAUCACUCUUUUAGACCUCAACAGAUGGCUCAAUUAUAUUCUAUGUUAUAUCCAUUCCAUUAUUCAAUGAUGGCUGUGAAUAGUGUGGCUAGACAAAUCGAAUAUUAUUUAUCAGAUGGAAAUCUUGUAACAGAUGAUUACCUAAAACAACAAUUAUCUAAAGAUGGGUACGUUCCUUUAUCGCUUUUGUCUAAAUUUUACAGACUACUAAACAUGUCCUUUGGUGGUGAUUUGAAUAUUAUUAUGGCUGCUUUGAGAGAAAUUGUUUUCAAUGAAAAUGCUACUGUUGAAGUGGCUCAAGGUGAGCAAAUUAUUGACCCUGUUGAAGAAAGCACUCAAGAAGAAGAAGAAAAGGAGCAAGUACAAGAAAAAGAACAAGAACAGGAAGGGCAAGAGAAUGAAAAGAAAAGUGUUACUGAACCAUCUCCUUUGACUAAAUAUUUCAUCCGUUCCAAGAAUUGGGAAAAAUGGUUACCAGAGAAACCAGCUUUUGAAGUUGAAAUUCAUAAGACAUUAUCUGGUAAUGAUUUAGAUGAAUUUAUGUUAAAGAUGGUCACUGUACCACAUCACCACAAUUACCGUAACCACAAUCAUCACUCCCACCGUAAUAACCGCAACCAUCAACAACAAAAGGGUGAAGAAAAGGAUGGUGAAAAUUCUACUGCUGAAUCUAAUGAAUCAACCAACGAAGGGACUGUAGCAGAUGAAUCUGCUGAGGGCUUAGUUGAACAGGAUGACACUUCAACUUCCACUACUGAUGUUGAAAAAUCCAUUCCAGUUGAAGACACUUCCAAAGAAGGUUCUGUUCCAGUUGAAGUUAACCAAUCUUCAUAG